AUGUCAGAAGCUACCAUCACCUAUCCGCCACAGUCGGUAGACGCUACUUCUUAUCAGCCGAGUCCAUCAGCGGCGGAUCAAUCUACACUGGACGGCACCUCAGAGCGCGAAGGGGAGGGCAUACUUGGUGCGAACGAUGGUGAGGGACAGGGAAUUGAGCUGGCACCGGUGGAUGGCGGAGUGCAGGCAUGGACCUUUGUAGCUGCUGGCGCAAUGUACGAGAUGAUAGCGUGGUGAGUGACUCGAAUGAACGGUGUGCGCUUGGAUACGCAGCACAGCAGGGUACUAGUCCCGCUCGAGCAAAUCGGUGGAACUGAUGCCUCUCGCUUGCACAGGGGCCAAUCGUACUCGUACGGAAUCUUUGAGAACUACCACAAGAAUGACAUUAGAUCUCCGCUCUAUGGCAAGGCCAGUCCAGCAGCUACAUCAGCGAUCGGUACGCUCGUCAUCGCUGGUCUGCACUUUGCUCCUUUUCUGCUCAGAGGGACCUUUCGCACGUACCCUCAUCUGGUCAAGACGUCUGCCAUAGUCGCGACAGUGCUGAGCGCGGCUUCGCUGCUGGCAGCUAGCUUUGUGCCGUCCAACGUAGGAGCGCUUCUUUUUUUGCAAGGCAUUUUCUAUGGUCUCACCGGAGGUGUUGGUUUCGCCCUGGUCGUCCUUUGGAUUCCGCAGUGGUUCGACGAGCGAAUGGGCACAGCAAACGGCAUCAUCUUCUCCGGCUCCGGUCUGGGUGGCACCAUCUUUCCGCUCGUUCUGAACAAGCUGCUGCAACGUGUCGGCUUUGCGUGGACCCUACGCGUCAUGUCGCUCUACUCGCUCAUACUAGCUGGUGGCUCCCUCCUCUUGCUCAAACCUCGUCUGCCAGUUCGUCGUCCGACCGCGCUGCCGCGCAAUCCGCUGCGAAGACUGGCUCCCGAAGGAGUCAAAGAGCUCUGGUCUCCUCUUGCUCUCGCGCAAGAAGCAGCCGUCAUCUUUCAGACUGUGGCCUGGUGCACAAUCAGUCUCUACAUCUCUUCCUACACCACCUCUCUCGGCUUUUCCUCCACCACCGCAACCGGCGUUCUGUCAGCUUUCAACGCGGCAGCAACUGUGGGGUUCUUCCUCGUCGGUCGACUCGUGGACGGCAGCUCGCACACGGUCCUGAUGGCAAUUUCGACGCUCGUUUGCUCGGUGCUCGCCUUCGUCCUUCUAGGCUUCACGAGAUCGCUUCCGCUUCUCAUAGUGUUCGCUCUCCUGUUUGGGACUGCCGGUGGAGGAUUCACGACUUUUUUAGGCCCCAUCAGCAAGACUGUCGCUCUUCGCGGUAAUCAGGAAAUCGCCGCCAUUCACUCGGCUACGAUAUUCAUCAGAGGCGUAGCAGCGGUACUAGGGCCUCUCCUUGGCUCGACCCUUUACAACGAGCAUUCCUCCACCUUUGCAGUCUAUGGGACCAACGGUUUUAGAGGCGUCGUGCUGUAUGUGGGCAGCAGCAUGACUCUGGCAGGUGGCUGCUCGAUAGCAGCCAAUUGGCUGAGUAGACGCACGACAUCACCAUCAUCGUAG